UGUUAGGUGACUUUAUUUACGUUUCAAGUAUAUUUGAGCUGUGUUUGUUCCUGUUACAGCGAGCUGGACCAUCAGCAUUUGGAAAGGGCUCAGCUCCAUCAGCUCGGGUGCCAGGAUCCUGACUUGCAGCAGGUGACAACCUAACCCUCGCUUUCACAUAUUUCCAAACAUAAGUUACUUUGCAACUUGCGGGCUUCCCACCUGAUAGAGACUGUUCUGGUUGCUUUUUUUCCCCACCGCACUUACGCAGUCAGCGAAGGGGAAAGCGAGGAGUGUGAAAUGCCUGAGCCCGAGCCCUGCUGGGGACACGGGACCAGCAGAAGGGGACGGGACGUUCGAGUACAGCUUCGUGCCCACCGGGCAGCGGUGGAAGCCCUCCCGCAAGGUGCAGGGUGCUGCCGGGUGCCCUGGCAGAGCGGGGCUGGCAGAGGGGCACGGUGGGAGGGGAGCGGGGCGGGGGGGCGACGGCAGGCUGCAGCAGGAGCUGCGGAGAGGGAGAAGGGAAAGGGGGGGAGCAAGAAGGGGGGAGGACAGCAGGGGAGGGAGGCAGGGCAGUAUAAAAGCAUCCGACACACACCUCUCCCGACACAGAGCGAGGGGGCGAGAAAGUUGCUCUGGAAGCAGCAGCAGCGGGAGCAGGAGCAGAGCCAGCCGCUCGCACACACGCACGCACGGUGGCAGGAGAGAGUGCGGAGCUGCCCCUGCCAGCACUAGGGCCGCUGGAGGAAAGAGAGGAGAGAUGGAGCCAGGGCCGCCCGCAGAGACGCCGCCGGCCCGCGGCCCCUCGGGGGCUACCUGCCGGCCCCCGCCGCCGGCCAGCGCCGGGACUGUCGCCGCUGUCGCCUCUGUCGCCGCGUCCCGCCCCGACGUGGCUCCGCCGUGGGGCUGCGGCCCCCCCCGCUGCUGCUGCUGCUGCUGCUGCUGCUGCCGCCGCUGCCCCGACGGCGGCGCGGCCCCCGCCGCCCGUCCUGCGGCUCCCGGGGCUCCGGCGGUGGCCCCGGCGCCGGGGACGGUGGCGACGGCGGCGGCGGCUCCUCCUCCUCCUCCGCCUCCUCCUCCUCGGCCGCCGCCGCUGCGGGGCCCUAAAGCCGCCCGGCUCAAGAGGAUGGUGCGGCUGGCGGCCGAGCUGCUGCUGCUGCUGGGGCUGCUCCUGCUCACCUUGCACAUCACCGUGCUGCGCGGCGGCGGCGAGCCCCACGGCCCCGGCAACCACAGCCAGCGGCAGGUUACCAUUGAAGUGGUGGAUGGCCCCGACACUGAGACAGACAAGGACUUGCAGAAAGAGAGCAGCAAGCCUAGCUGGCCAGUCCCAUCACCCGACUGGAGAAACUGGUGGCAGAGGUCCUCCACCUUGACUCGCAUGAGCAGUGGUGACCAGGACUACAAGUACGACAGCACUACUGAGGACAGCAACUUCCUAAACCCUCUCGGUGGGUGGGAUAGUCAUGCACCCAGUCACCGAACGUUUGAGUCCAAGGAGCAGCCAGAGUAUGAUUACAUUGAUGGUGAGGGAGACUGGAGCCCAUGGUCCCUUUGUAGCGUCACCUGUGGGAGCGGCAAUCAGAAGCGGACGAGGUCCUGUGGGUACGCCUGUACCGCCACAGAGUCACGGACCUGCGACAGGCCAAACUGCCCAGGGAUAGAAGAUACCUUCCGGACAGCUGCCACAGAAGUGAGCUUACUGGCUGGAAGUGAAGACUUCAAUGCCACCAAACUGUUUGAAGUUGACACUGAUAGUUGCGAAAGAUGGAUGAGCUGCAAAAGUGAGUUCUUGAAGAAAUAUAUGCACAAAGUUGUCAAUGAUCUUCCCAGCUGCCCAUGCUCCUACCCCAGAGAAGUUGCAUACAGCACUGCUGAAAUCUAUGAUCGAAUUAAGAGGAAAAACUUUCGCUGGAAAGAUGCAAGUGGCCCAAAGGAAAAACUGGAGAUCUAUAAGCCCACUGCACGAUACUGCAUCCGCUCCAUGCUCUCUUUGGAGAGCACAACGCUGGCAGCUCAGCACUGCUGCUAUGAUGAUAAUAUGCAGCUGAUUACCAGAGGGAAGGGGGCAGGUACACCAAACCUGAUCAGCAUCGAAUUCUCAGCAGAACUCCAUUACAAAGUGGACAUUCUGCCCUGGAUUAUAUGCAAAGGGGACUGGAGCCGAUACAAUGAAGCACGGCCUCCAAACAAUGGGCAGAAGUGUACAGAAAACCCUUCAGAUGAAGACUAUUACAAGCAAUUUCAAGAAGCAAGGGAAUACUGAAAAGAUUUUCCUCCUCUUCAGGCAGAAAGUAGCAUUCAUUUCCUGGAUGCCAAAGAACUGAUAACGGCUGCUGCAUUAUCUCCUUGACAGGAGUUGAUCGGUUUCUUUCUAAUGAAUGUAUAUAGUUGUAAUAUAAUACAUAAGUAUUUUUCAUAGUGUGUGUAAUUUAUAAACACAUAUCUCUCUAUCUCACACACACCUAUUUUUGCAUACAGACAUACAUAAAAUUUGUCCUGGUAAGAUUUUAUACUGCAAUAAUGUUCAUUUAAUAACGUGCAUUUCAUUUUGUUCCCCAACUAUAACAUAAGUACGAGAUGGGGGGGUGGGGAGGAGUGGAGCGGCUGCCAUCACCAUCAAGCUCAAAGCCCCAGCUGAGGAGGGCACAUAUUUAGAAGUUAUUAUAAACAACAGGAUUGAAAAAUGUACUCUUCCAUAUGGGAAUGGUUUACAAGGUUAAUGCACCUACAGCAUCAGUUUUCUCCAUAAUUGAUUUCAUGAGUAGUCAUAUCUAAGAAAGGAAAAUUUUUUUUUUGGAAGGCUAAUACUUAAAAGUGAGUGUAGUACCUUACUAGCAAUUCUUUCUUGGAAUUCUUCCUGUUACCCUCUAGCUCAGGUCCUUGCUGUCCAUCUGGGGUAGACCUGCAGGGGGGCGUAGCUGCGGUUUUCCUGUGGACAAGGAACAGUCCCAAUGCAGUGGUUCUCCAGGUGUCACGAACAGCCCAUUCCUGGAGACUUCUCAGAUGUGGAACUACAGCUGACAGGGCUUAUGUCUUACGCUGGGGAGCAGAGCUUCAGGGCAGCUACCUGUAAAUUAAGUGUGCUGUAAGUCUUUAGAGGAGUGAGGCCACAGAAGGAAAUCAUGUCAAAGGCAAAAAGAAUCACAGUUACUUCUCAAUUUUUAAUAUGAAGAGUGUUUAGAUCUGCUUCUUUCUUUCAAGAAAAGAAGGAAGUUUAUUUUUUAAAAAACAGGAAAAGUGGAAUAUACAUUUCUAAGUUCCCUCAGACAAAGCAUGGAACCAGCCUCUUUUCCCCUUUUUAUCAUAUGCUGAGUGUACAGUAUCCUACAGAAGAACCUAUUCUUCAAGGAAGCUGUUUGGGUGGGACUAUGGUGAGUUAAAUUUCUUCAUUUUUUUUUUUAAAAAAAAGCUAGCAUUAUUUUUGUAAAGUAUUUAUUGUAUUAUAACAAUAACUCACAUAUGGGAUAUGUCUCUAACAUGAAAGGCUUCUGUAGAUGGAACUCGAUUGCCAAGAAUAAGACUGUUUUUUUUAGGCAAAGGUUUUACUUCCAAAUUUUUAUAAAGUGCACGUUUACAUACAUAAUCCUGUAAUUAAGCAGCUGAUACCCGUGUUCUUAUGAAAGAUAAAAAUUACACCAUGGGUAAAUAAACACUUACAGUUCCAUC